AUGGCUCUGUGUGGUUACAGAAAUCAUCAGGGUUAGAGGCCUAUUGAGAAAAGAGCAAUUAUAAAUAAUAUACUAUUCAUAAAUGUAUAAGGGGUAAUAAAUCACUUUAAAUGUAGGCUAAUGAGGGUUCAUGGGAAAAACUCACUGAUGAGAUUUUAAAAUCAGGAGGGAUGCUGAAAAAAUGA